CCACACUCACAGGAGGGCGGGCCGCCGUGAUCACCGACACCGAACUCCGUUGACCGAUCGCGGUUUAAUCACACCGGAGAGUUUAUUCAGCAUGAACGCGUCACUUCACGCGUUUGAAUUUGAGCGUCAGUUUGAUGAUCGCGGGUGGAAUGAAUGGUUUCAGGAAUACUGGGGAACGGCGUUCGUUCUGUCUGGUGUGUAUGCGGCUGGUAUAUAUUUUUUACGUGUUUUUAUGAAGGACAGACAGAAGUUGGACCUGCGGACUCCUCUCAUGCUGUGGUCAUUAUGUUUGGCUUUAUUUAGCGUAAUAGGCGCCGUGAGGACAGGCUGGUACGUGAUGAACGUUCUGACGUCAGACGGGUUCAGGCAGUCUGUGUGCGACACGACGUUUUACGCCACCCCCAUCACCAAGUUCUGGGCGUUUGCUUUUGCCCUUAGCAAAGUCCCUGAGCUCGGUGACACUGUGUUCAUAGUUCUUCGUAAGCAGCGUUUGAUCUUCUUGCACUGGUAUCAUCACAUCACCGUACUGCUGUUCUCCUGGUACUCCUACAGAGACCGCGUGGCAGGAGGCAGCUGGUUUAUGUCCAUGAAUUACAUCGUACACUCCAUCAUGUACAGUUAUUACGCAGCUAAAGCAGCGAGGGUACGUGUGCCGAGGCCGAUCGCGCUCUUGAUCACCACCAUGCAGAUUGUGCAGAUGGUGGUGGGUUUGAGCUUGCUGGGUCUCGUCAACAGCUGGAGAGACGACGUCCACUGCGUGUCCACCACGUACAACAUCAUGUGGGGCUCGCUGAUGUACCUGAGCUACCUGGUGCUCUUCUGUUCAUUCUUCUAUCAGUCGUACAUUAAAGGCCCAGCAGUGCGGGAGGAGAACAAGAGGAUGAAACACCAGUGAGAACUUCAAGGAACCGUUCACCCUAAAACCUCUUCACAUGUUUACUGGGUAUGGAUCAUCCAAUCCACUUUGCACUACAUGUACUGUCAUCGUAAGGAUGAAGAGCUGUAGAGAAAACUGACAGCAGCAUACAGAACGUGAGGAUGAAUCUGGGGUGAACAUUUCCUCUGAAGUUCUGAUGAAUCGACCCGUCGCUGCUCCUGAUUCACAUCGAAGAGAUUAACUGUAUGUGAUGACAAAAGCAUCUCUGAUCUGAGAAAAACAUGAUUACCAGACCAUCAAAAUAAUUUCUAUUACAAAUAUUUUAUAGUAUUUGUUUAUCAAAACGAGUCAUGUCACUCUUCAUUGAGUAUAAAAAGGGUUCUUUUAAUUGUACGGAGAAAUAUUUUGGAUUAUUUUGUGUUUAAAUUGUUUAAAAAAAGCAUUGUGCGGAUGCUUAUAGUUUAUAUUGUAAAGUAGAUUCUUAAUGGGACACUUUUUUGUAAUUUUUGUUUAGUAAAAUACACCCUGUUGCCCCUGAAGAUUUUUUUUAUACUGAGAUGAGUCUUAUUAUCAGAUGAUGCUGUAAGACAUCUCAGCCUGUGGUUUAUGGCACUUAAAUGUGUUAUUCUGGAUAGUCACUACACUAACCAGGGUUCGUCUGGUUGACUGCCUACACUGUAGAUGUCUGACAUGAUGUCUGCUGCUUUGUAAUGGCUGUAAUGUUGUAACACCUGUUCAGGUGAGAUACUCAGAGGAAUGUAAAGACAUAUUUAAAUCCUUUCAUGUCUUAAUUAAUUUACACAAGCAAGAUUUAUUACA